GCUUUGUUGCUCGCAAACCGAGGAAUUGAGUGUAGCUUGUCCACAGUCAAAAUGUCGAGUGCUACCCCAGCUAGCCCCAACAAGGCGACGUCGUAUUUAACAGUGUGCACUCCGGAAUUAAACGAUAGGCUCCUUCAACUACUUGCAACACAGCUUGGCUUCCACAUUGCCCUGUCGAUCCUCUUUCAGGCGAGAUUAGGUGACGGACUCACUGGAACAGCCAAGAAGCUCUUAUCACCCGAAAUAUGGAUAUUUUCAUUAGCACUGUCAGUCGUUUCUUGCUGCCUUUUGUUUGUCAGAAAGUCACAGACCACAGUUCGCAAAAACAGCUACCCAACAUUAUGGUCUGAAAUUGUGUCUAGAAUUACGAAGUCAAACACCUGGCUAUCCAUACUACCAUACACCAUCAGUGGAUUUAUCCUAACUCGAAUGUACAUGAAUGUGCUACAUGAUGAAAAGUACACAGAGGACCUUUUAAUAUAUCCACAAGGAAAUCGAUAUGGCGCAAGGCAACUCAAUGAGCAAAACAUUUUCCUAUCAAUGUUUGGUCUGGUACUUGGAACAGUGUAUGGUGCAAGACGAAUCUUGAACGAUCGUAACCUUAUAAAGUUCCCUGCUGUGCAACAAGCAAAACGACAUGUUGUAAAAUCUGAAAUCGCGACGAUCGCGCACAACAGUGCACAAUUUUCUUUUCGUGUCAUAGUCGGAAACUAUAUUUUAUAUCUUGUUUUCCGAAGGACAAUCUAUUGGCAUGGUGCGCAUAUUGCUGGCCUCUUUACAAAAAUGUUGGAUACUCCAAUCGUCUCCUUUGGAUGGUUCAAUGUCUACUUGUUUUUACAAUUGUACCUUAGCGGGGUUUUGACUACUUUCAGUUGGGACUUGUUCGAUCAGCUUUACGAUAUAUUUUUGACACAGCCUCUAUUGGUUUCGCAAUUGGCCACGGAUGCCAAUUCCUGUCUGCUAUCAGGACUUCAAAUGCAUCAAAAGCCUUUCAUCCAGGCACUGUCAUAUUCAGAACUAGCUCGAAUUUCCAAGUCUGAACCUGCCCGACGCGCCACUAUUUACAACGACAUCGGUACUGACAAUGGGAUCUCCGCAUGGAAGAAAAUAAGCCAGGAAUGUAUGAAGACCAUAGAUGAAGUGAAAAACACAGUGAUAGCGGAAUACAAACGACCAGACAUCAUUCCAUCGCCAAUCAAGAACAGGUUGGAUAUUGUGGCGGAAAAGACCCUUAACAUCAAGCGAAUCAGCCCAAUAGAGCAAGAAAUGCUUACUAGUCGGGUAUCUCGAAAGCCUAUAAUGGCAUACCAAGAUGAAGACGUGGAAGACAGAACAGGAGACAUCCUGCGAAGCAUUGCUGAGUUGCCAAAGAUGCUCCCUGUCACACAUUCCAAAGCGACUACAGUUGCAGAUUCCUUCAAUUUGGAAGAUCCAAAGAAAGAGCUCGAAGGAUGGCUGGCCAGAAUUCAUGGUUAUAUUCGACAAUGGCCCAUUUGGAAUCAAGUAUUCGCACGCGGGCUGGUUCGCAAGGUUCAAUCGCUUUUCCCUAGUUCCCAAAUAACCCUCUAUGCUAUUGAGUCCUUAAGUAAUCUUACAUCUGCUUCGCUCAAGGAGGAUGAAUUUGGCCUCGUACAGCGCGACAUACCUGCUGUAAUUGACUGCAUGCUUGGGUGUCUUCAAGAAGUGGAAUCAUUAAUGUACAACCCACCGGCCUCAUACAGUGCGUUAACGGCUAGUAGCGACAGUAGGAUCACAAUUCGUGAACCCCUUCAAAUUAUUAAUGCUUUGAAGAGCGGGCUAUAUCAAAUCAUCAUUGAAUUUGAGCCCUAUCUUUCAGAAUUUAAGGUGCAGCCGAAGUACGCUGCCAAGUGGCAGUCGCUCGUAAAACUUGAAGAAUAAAUUUUCUGAUUUCAAUAAAGUAGUUUUACCAUUAUUAGAACGGGC